AUGAGUACCACCCGUAUCCUCCUAUACCAUGAUGAUGACAAUGAUGAUGAAUUCAUUAACCCGAUGUACCUCGCUAUUACAUACAGGCUGCUAUGCGGGAGUAGCGUCCCGAAGCCUGCUCCUGACGACAAAUGGUGGUGCACCCCCAGUAUGCAAAUCCACCCUUACCUACAGACGUUGAACAUCGUAUUUAUUGCCGUGUCCCUUAAAAUGGAUGGUUUAUCCUCGGCAGCAAAUGUUAUCGCGGUUAUUCAAUUAACAGGAACCCUCGUGAAACUUUGCGGGGGCUACAUUAGAGAGGUAAAAGAUGCACGGGAUGAAAUCCUCGGCCUACAACAGGCGAUUGCAAGCCUCCAAGGUACACUUCAAGAGCUGCAAAUGUUCAUUCGAAGUAACGAUGCAAAGAAGCUUCCUGCCUCUUCCCAACUGGUCAGCGAUAGUACCGAUUGCCUCACCGACCUCCAAGCCUUGGAAGCGAGACUUAAUCCACGGAAGGGAAAAAGGCUGAUGAGGACACUGGGACUCCGAGCCUUAAAAUGGCCUCUAAAGCGCUCAGAGGUGGAAGGUGUUAUUCAGAAGACUGAAAGAUACAAAUCUUUAUUCAUCUUAUCCUUGAGUGUGGAUCAAACUCCACAUAGCUCUCUGAUGGUCGGUGUGGCGCAGAUUACCGACCGCAUUAAUCAGAAUAUGGACUGGAUGAAGUUGGAAGGUGUGGCGGAAGCGGGAUUUGAGUCAUUCUCCAACCGAGACGAAGUUCAAUGUCUCCAAGGCACUAGGACUAAGCUUCUCCAGCAGAUAAUGGAGUGGGCUAUGUUGCCGUCCCCAAAAGCCAUUUUUUGGUUGAAUGGCAUGGCUGGGACGGGAAAAUCCACAAUAUCUCGGACUGUGGCAAGAUCGCUCAAGGACAGUAACCACUUAGGUGCUAACUUCUUUAAAAGAGGUGAAGGGGAACGAGGGAACGCGAGGAAAUUUUUCCCGACAUUAGUAAGGCAACUGAUGCUUAGGAUCUCUGAGCUGAGGCCUGGUGUGCAAAAGGCACUCCACGAUGACCCUGACAUAACGUCAAAAUCAAUUAGUGAGCAGUUUAACAAACUACUCUUUCAACCGCUGCUCAAGCUUGACCAACUCGGCCAGCAAACUCAAAUCGCUGUGAUAGUGAUCGAUGCUCUGGAUGAAGGUGAACAUGAUCAAGAUGUACGAAACAUAACCCGACUACUGCCUCGUCUGCAGGAGGCAAAUGCGGUUCGCAUCCGGGUCUUCCUGACUAGCAGGCCUGAGCUUCCAAUCAUCCUAGGCUUUUCAAAGAUCGCAGAUCAUGAUUAUCGGAACCUGGCUCUUCACGAAAUACCCGAAGAAGUGAUAGAACACGAUAUAGAGUUAUUCCUCCACGAUCGAUUUACGAAAAUCCAACAUGAUAGGAAUGUUUCUCGAGACUGGCCUGGCGUUGAUGUCCUCCAAGAAAUUGUCACAAUGUCCGUUCCUUUGUUUAUUUCUGCUGCUACUAUUUGCCGAUAUAUCGAGCAUUCGAAAUUGGAACCAACAAUACGUCUGACAGAGCUCCUAAAGGACUCGCGUCAAUAUGCAAAAAAAAUGGAUAAGACCUAUCUGCCAAUUCUAAGGCGGCUCCUCGAGGAUGAAGAGAGCGAUAAGUCAGAGCAGCAGCAGCUCUUGCACCUGUUCAAUAAAAUAGUCGGUGCCAUCAUCCUUCUUGCAGUUCCUCUUUCAACAAACGCGCUGUCGCUAUUUCUUGGUAUAGAAGCGAACCAGAUUGGCAAUCUGUUGGAUUCUUUCCGGUCUGUUCUAAGCGUUCCCAAUGAUCGAGAUCUUCCUAUUCGGAUUCUACAUCUUUCUUUCCGAGAUUUUUUGAUUCAAUCCGAAAGUGAAUUUCUUGUUGACGAGCCAAACAAGCAUAAGGAAAUUGCUUUGUUAUGUCUUGAAAAAAUGAGAAGCGAUCUGCGGAAAAAUGUCUGCAAUCUAGAAGGCCUUGCAACCCGUAGGGCCGACAUCGAUCCUCAAUCCUUACGCCGGCACUUGCCACCAGAACUAGAAUACUCCUGUCGCUACUGGAUACAUCACCUCAAACAGAGCCCUGUCUCAUCCUCCGAGGCCGAGUUUGUGUUGCUGUUUCUCCAUGAGCAUUUUCUACACUGGGUUGAAGCAAUGAGCCUACUUGGUCUUGUGUCGGAAGUGGUGGGGAUGCUGAAUCUCCUCCAGAAGAUGCAACUCAUAUGCCCCACUGGAAGCCACAAGGGCAAUGACCAGUCUUUAAUUUCCGAGUUUCUGCAUGACGCAAAGCGCUUCAUCCUGAAGAACCGCCAGAUGGCCGAUGAUGUGCCCCUUCAAAUUUACUACUCAGGACUUGUAUUUGCACCUACAGAAGCGAUCGUUCGUAGAAAGUUUGAAGCAGAAAUUCCAAAUUGGAUAAGUCGGUUACCACAUGUUGGGAAAACCUGGAGUUCAGAACUGCAGACCCUCGAGGGCCAUUCGGCAUCGGUUGAGUCGGUCGCCUUCUCGCCCGACGGCGCACUGCUAGCGUCCGGCUCCUAUGACAAAACCGUGCGCCUCUGGGACUCAACGACAGGCUCGCCGCAGCAGACCCUCGAGGGCCAUUCAGGCGGGGUUCAGUCGGUAACCUUCUCGCCCGACGGCGCGUUACUGGCAUCCGGCUCCAGUGACAAAACCGUGCGCCUCUGGGAUACGACGACAGGCGCGCUAGAGUAUACCCUCGAGGGCCAUUCAGAGGAGGUUAACUCGGUCGCCUUCUCGCCCGACGGAGCGCUGCUAGCAUCCGGCUCUAGUGACAAAACUAUACGCAUCUGGGACACGAGGAUAGGCGCGCUACAGCAGACCCUCGAGGGCCAUUUAAAACAGGUUUUGUCGGUAGCCUUCUCACCCGACGGCGCGCUACUAGCGUCCAGCUCCCUUAACCAAACCGUGCACCUCUGGGACUCAGCGACAGGCGCGCUGAAGUAUAGCCUUGAGGGCCAUUCAGACUCAGUUCAUUCGGUGGCCUUCUCACCCGACAGCGCGCUGCUAGCGUCAGGUUCCGAUGACCGAACCGUGCGCAUCUGGAACACGGCGACAGGCACGCCGCAGCAGACACUCAAGGGCGAUUCAUUAUCGGUUCAGUCGGUAAUCUUCUCACCCAACGGUGCGCUGCUAGCGUCAGGCUCCGAUGACAACACUGUGCGCCUCUGGGACACGGCCACAGGCGUGACGGAGCAGGCCCUUGAGGGUCAUUCAGACUCAAUUCAGUCGGUGGUCUUCUCACCUAAUGGUGCACAGCUGGCGUCCGGCUCCCGUGACCAAACCGUGCGUCUUUGGGACACGGCGACAGGAGCGCUACAGCAUACCCUCGAGGGCCAUUCAGGCUGGGUUUGGUCGGUCGCUUUCUCGUCCAGCGGCGCGCUUCUAGCGUCCGGCUCUUUUGACCAAACCGUGCGCAUCUUGGAUACGGCGACAGGCGCGCUAGAGCAUACCCUCGAGGGCCAUUCAGACGGGGUUUGGUCGGUGGCCUUCUCACCCGACGGCGCUCUUCUAGCGUCCGGCUCCCAUGACCAAGCCCUACGCAUCUGGGAUACGGCGACAGGCGCGCUGGAGCAUACCCUCGAGGGCCAUUCAGACGGGGUUUGGUCGGUGGUCUUCUCACCCGAUGGCGCUCUACUGGCGUCCGGCUCCCUUGACCAAACUGUGCGCCUCUGGGACACGGCGACAGGCACGUUGCAGCAGGCCCUCGAGGGUCAUUCAAACUCAGUUCAGUCGGUGGUCUUCUCACCCGACAGCGCUCUUCUGGCGUCCAGCUCCCGUGACCAAACCGUGCGUCUUUGGGACACGGCGACAGGAGCGCUGCAGCAGACUCAUCCUUUCAAUGGAGUAGUCACUGAGCUCAAGUUUAAUCACGAUGGGUCAUAUCUAAUCACUAAUCUGGGCCCCCUUCAUGUUCAAUCCGGGGCCAAAAUUCCUGCUGCUAGUUCAAACAUCGUGAUUUCGGGGAUCUUCAUCGAGCAACAAUGGGCAAAGUUCAACGGCAAAAACAUUCUUUGGCUUCCUCCUGGGUCUCGUCCUCGUUGUUCCGCGAUCAAUGACAAUUUACUUGCCCUAGGAUACGCAUCAGGGCUUGUUUCGUUUUUAGAAUUUCAAGCCUCGUGGUGCCAAUUAUUUUGA